AUGUACUACUUCCCCUUUGUUCUCGUUCCCAAAGCUUCUUCUUGUUUUUGUUUCUGCCCAUUGAUUAGGCCAGAGAAUGUUCCUGAGGUGCUCAUAUUCAGUGGGAUGAGACUUCUUGGAUUUGAGAUGCCAAAGGUCGUUGCUGAUGAUUUGGGAGUCUUAAAGAAGGUGAUAAAUGAAGGGCAGGGAUGGGAGUCACCAAGGCAACCUUAUGAAGUAAAAGCUUGGAUUUCUGCAAAGACAGGCGAUGGGAAAUUGAUUUUCUCUCACACAGAAGGAGAACCAUAUUUCUUUACUUUUGGAAGAUCAGAGGUACCUAAAGGUCUUGAGAUGGGAAUAGGAACAAUGACGCGUGAAGAGAAGGCAGUAAUAUAUGUUACAAGUCAGUACUUAACUCAAUCUCCCCUCCUGCCUGUGGUAGAUGGUUAUGAGGAAAUUCAUUUUGAAGUGGAGCUUGUCCAUUUCAUUCAGGUACGAGACAUGCUUGGGGAUGGCCGUCUAAUAAAACGCCGACUUCGUGAUGGAAAAGGUGAAUUUCCAAUGGAUUGCCCACUUCAUGACAGUCUACUUCGCGUCCAUUACAAGGGCAUGCUUCUUAAUGAAGAAAAGAGGGUCUUCUAUGACACCCGAGUUGAUAAUGAUGGUCAGCCUUUGGAGUUCAGUUCUGGGGAGGGGCGUGUGCCUGAGGGAUUUGAAAUGUGUGUUCGCUUGAUGCUGCCUGGAGAGUUAGCUCUGGUCACAUGCCCUCCUGAUUAUGCUUAUGACAAAUUUCCGAGGCCAGAGAAUGUUCCUGUAGGUGCUCAUAUUCAGUGGGAGAUUGAACUUCUUGGAUUUGAGAUGCCAAAGGACUGGACUGGUUUGACCUUUGAGAAUAUAAUGGAUGAAGCAGAGAAGAUUAGAGUCUCGGGUAACAGGCUCUUUAAGGAAGGGAAGUUUGAACUUGCAAAGGCAAAGUAUGAGAAGGUGCUUCGGGAGUUUAAUCAUGUUAAUCCACAAGACGAUGAGGAAGGGAAGGUGUUUGUAAACACAAGAAAUUUAUUACACCUGAAUGUAGCUGCGUGCUUCCUUAAAAUGGGAGAAUGCAGAAAGUCCAUCGAGGCAUGCAAUAAGGUUUUAGAUGCGAACCCUGCUCAUGUGAAGGCUCUAUAUCGCCGUGGAAUGGCCUACAUGGCUGUUGGAGAUUUUGAGGAAGCUAGGAGUGAUUUUGAAAUGAUGAUGAAAGUUGACAAGUCAUCUGAACCGGAUGCGACUGCAGCUCUUUCAAAACUAAAGAAGACAAUGCAGGAACUCGAGAGCAAGGCUAAGAAACAAUUUAAAGGACUGUUUGACAAGAACCCAGGGGAAAUUGCCGAUGCUGGAACUGAGAAUGACGAUGAAGAUGAAGCUGCUGGAGAAAACGAGAAAGAUGUCAGUAAGGAGGAUUCGGAUGGAGACGAGACACGGGAAUUUCCUGAACCUGCUGCUGAAGCACCUCGAAUGGGUGGGUUCUACCGAUUCUGGCCAACCAGUGGAAGACUAUUUUCGGCUCUUGGACUUCAACGAUGUACCAUAUUGUGA